GCUCGCUUUUAGUGCUCCAGCUGGUCGGCGGCCGCAAGACGUCCCCGACGACUGCGAAAUUCAUACGAAACCAAAAAAUAAUUUUUUAGCAAAAAGCCCAAACAUGGCAGCAUUUUACUCGAAAGCACUCAACCUCAAAGCAUUUCGUGCCGUCCAGUCGCAUCUUCGCCUAUUUUGCGACGCACCAAAGUUCCCAGGUGCCAAAACAACGUGGACGCAGACCCUGAAAAUCAGCGAGGCCAAGCAGGAGGACAAUUUGCCGGUGUACCGGGUCCUGGACAAGCAAGGAGUCGUCAUUGAUUCUUCCCACGAGCCUAAAUUGUCCUCGGAGGUGCUGCGCAAAAUGUACAAGUCGAUGACGUUGCUGAACCAAAUGGACAACAUUCUGUACGAGAGCCAGCGGCAGGGCCGAAUCUCGUUCUACAUGACCAACUACGGUGAAGAGGCGGUGCAGAUCGGCAGCAUCGCCGCCCUGAACAACGACGACCUGGUGUUCGCGCAGUACCGCGAGGCCGGCGUGCUCGUCUACCGAGGCGCGCCCAUCGACUUCUUCAUGAACCAGUGCUACGGAAACAACCUGGACGUGGGCAGGGGCAAGCAGAUGCCUGUCCACUACGGCAACAAGGACCUUCACUUUGUCACUCUUUCCAGUCCACUCACUACGCAGCUUCCGCAAGCUUCUGGGGCCGCAUACGCAUUUAAAAGGGCGAAGAACGGCAAGGUUGUGAUCACCUAUUUCGGAGACGGCGCCGCCUCAGAAGGAGAUUUCCACGCAGCCCUGAAUUUCGCUGCUACCCUCGAGUGUCCUGUCAUUUUCUUCUGCCGUAACAACGGAUACGCAAUCUCGACGCCGACCCACGAGCAGUACCGAGGCGACGGAAUCGCGAGCAGAGCGCCAGGGUACGGAAUGGGCGCCAUCAGGUGCGACGGCAACGACCUGCUGGCCGUCUACAACACGGUCAAACUGGCGAGGAAGUACUGCAGCGAGAAUAACAAGCCCAUCCUUGUCGAAGCCAUGACUUACAGAGUUGGCCACCACAGCACCUCGGACGACAGCACGGCGUACAGGCCCAAAGAGGAAAUCAGCAUGUGGAGCACCGAGAGUCCGGUGGGAAAAUUCAGGCGCUACCUGGAAACCAAAGGCCUCUGGAGCGAAGAGGAGGAGAAGAGCUGGGCCAAAGACGUGAGGAAGCAGAUCUUGGAUGCGUUCAACAAGGCGGAGAAAGUGCCAAAGCCGGCUUGGAAGGAGAUGUUCGAGGGAGUCUACAAGGACCUGACCCCAGCCCUGAAGGAGCAAGUGAAGGAGAUGGAGUCUCAUCUGAAGUCGUACGGCGCUCACUAUCCGCUGGACAACUUUAAAUAGAAAGCAAAAUGGAAUUGUCGGCUGCUCAGGAAUCGUCUCACUACUUGCCUCAAUCAAAUUUACUAUUUUUGUAUGCCUUAUUAAGAGUUUACGUUUGUUGGAAAUUGCGUGAUAAAAAAAUAAAAGAUUAAUUUGAACUGUUGCCAUAUAUAAUAUAUUGUAUACAUAAAAUAAAAAUAUCUAAAAAUUGAAAA